AUGGUGAACAAACACUGUGAAGCGUUUCAGCUGUCCAAGCUCACACCGGACCAAUUCAAAGCUCUCCAUUUCGUCUGUGGACUCCAAUCGCCACGGGAUGCGGACAUACGAGCUAGGUUGAUCUCGAAAUUGGAAGCCGACGAAACCGCAGUCAACGAAUUGGGAGAAGCCACCAGCAAGGUAACCCUGGAGAACCUCGUGGAAGAAUGCCAUCGCGUGGCCAAUCUCAAGCAGGACACAUUGAUGGUGGAGAACAAAGAAGCACGCCACGUCAACAUUGUUUCUCGCAACCAGAAUAAUCCUGCCUCAAAAAGAACCAAAAAAUGCAAGCAACAAGGACACAAGGAAGGUUAUUGCAACAGCAACAAGAAUGCGCCGUCGAAACCGUUCAAACAGGCCAAAUCCAAAGAGAACGUGAAGACAAAAAGCUUCUACACGGUUCGCAACAUCGGAAGCAAGCGGAAGUUCAUCCCGGUCGAGCUCAAUGGUGUAGCAGUCAAACUUCAACACGACUCCGCGUCCGACAUCACCAUAAUCUCAGAAGAAACAUGGAUCAGCAUCGGACAGCCACCCACUCAACCGACGGAAGAAUCUGCAGUUACAGCUUCUGGUGGCAAUCUCAACCUUCUCACUGAGUUCCAGACCGAGACCACCAUCAAGAAUGUUACCAAGAAUGGUCGCAUUUUCAUCUCAAGCAGCGCUGAACUCAACGUUCUAGGAAUCGAGACUAUGGAUCUGUUCGAUUUGUGGUCUGUGCCGAUAAGCAGCUUGGUCAACGUCGUACACCAACGUUCUGAUCAGUUCACCAAUCAACUCAAGCAACAGUUUCCGGAAGUUUUUCGAAGCACGCUGGGUAGAUGCACAAAAGCGCAAGUGAAGUUGUACCUCAAGCUUGACGCACGUCCUGCAUAUUGCCCGAAACGACCAGUAGCGUACGCUGCACUGGACGCAGAACUUGAGAGGCUCCAGCAAAACGGUAUAAUUUCUCCAGUUCAAUUCUUGGACUGGGCAGCACCAAUAGUCGUCGUACGCAAGUCGGACAAUGUAUCAGUCCGUGUCGAGGUCGAGGAGGAAUCGCGAAAGCUACUCACGGUCAACACGCAUCGUGGACUGUUCCAGUAUAACCGACUACCCCCCGGAGUCAAGUCGGCACCCGGCGCUUUCCAGUGCAUCAUCGACAGCAUGGUGCCCGGCAUCCCUGGAGUCAAGCCGUAUUUGGACGACAUCCUCAUCGCUGGUCGCACCAAGCAGGAACACGAUCGCAGUCUCUACGCUGUUCUCGAGCAGAUCCGUGAGUAUGGCUUUCACCUACGCCUCGAAAAAUGUCGUUUCGCACUCUCCCAGAUCAAGUUUCUCAGACACAUCGUGGAUAAGGACGGUAUUCGGCCUGACCCUUCAAAAACAGAAGCUAUUUCCAAGAUGCAGUCUCCGAAGGAUGUCCAGCAACUCCGUUUCUACCUCGGUGCUGUCAACUACUAUGGUAUUGGAUAUGGUAUGGAAUUUUCUUAA